AUGGCGUUCUGCGCCCGCAAGACCCAACCCUGGCCGGAUCUGUGCUCGUGGUCGGGCUGCGGCGCUUGCACCGAAUGCUUCCCACGGCCCCCACCGCUACCUCCCGCCUCUCCGCUCCCGCUGCCACCACCAACGCCGGCAUUGACCGCGGGCUGCGGCAACUCCAUCUCGUCGGGAGCCACCCUCUACUGCGCAGACGACCCCCACCUCUUUAACGACUUUGAGCCGGGGAAGGGCUGCGUCGAGCUCUGUGAGCAGACUCCGGCCUGCAUGUUCGUCUCGCUGUGGAAUGUCUUCGACUGGUCUGCGCCGCUCAAGAACGGCAUCAACCUCGAUGUGGCGACACCGAGCAGCGGCGUCUGGUUCAAGUGGCAGUACGAUAAGUCGCAAAUGCAGGCAAUCGCAGAGGCGGGCUUCGAGUCGGUGCGCAUCUUCAUGCCCUUUUCAUCAAAGAUGGAGGAGAAGCAAAAGCAGAUCGAGGACGCGCUGGACGCCGGGCUUUCCAUUGUCGUGUGCAUGUGGGGCGAAUGGGGCUGGUCGUGGAACGUGACAAAAGGCGUCUGCGAGAUCUCCAACGGACGGCGCAAUCGCGGUGAAGGCUGGGGUGCGCUGGCCCGCGCAUGGAAGGGCUUCUCCAAACGAUUGGUCUUUGAGGUACUCAACGAGCCCAAAGGCAUUGGCUUCCCCACUACCAACACGGGCAACGCCAACGCGAUGCGGCUGUGCAAUGCGGCGGUGCAGGCAAUCCGCAGCGCUGACCCAGACCGCCCGAUUCUAGUCGGCAGCCCUGGGCUUAACGACGCCGAGUUCCUCGAGUACGUGACGGCACAGUUCCUCCCGUACACCUUUGGCAGUGGCGGAAGCUUCUACAACGACCCGAAUGUGGGCGUGGCGUUCCACUUUUACGAGCCGAGGCACCCAUCGAUAGUCCCCGGCCUUCCCACAGCGCAGCAGACCACCUUCGCGAUGUGGGACGGUGACCUCGUCCUUGAUGGCCCCGAAACGGAGUGGCGGGAUGGGCUCAAGGUGUGGCAGGCGCCGAUCAAGUUGCAGUUCGACUUCGUGGACGCCUGGCGCAAACGGAGCGGCCACGGUGACAUCCCCGUCGUGACCACCGAGUGGGGCUGCUGGAUGUUUGAGAGCCGGAGCAAGGGCGGCGACCUCCGCGUGUGGCUAAACUAUACGCACGGGCUGUUCGCCAAGCACGACGUUGGCCAGAUGUGGUACGUGGGAGUCAUGUCCAACCAGUACGCCUACACCAUCUUCGACUCGGAGACCGGCUGGGACGCGACCGUGCUCCCCAAGCUGACCGGCAAGCAGCCGCCGACGAGCUGGCCGCACAUCAACCAGGUGCUCAACGGAGAAUUCCUGAGCCAUUCGUCCGAUGUGACGAAGGACCUGCAUUCGCCAACCUCGUCGCCACACAUUUCAAGGCGCUUGUCGGCCUUUCCCCUCAACGCAGCCCUGGGUGCGUACUACUGA